AUGACCGACGCCUCUCCCGCGCGCCCCACCAACGCCACGCUCGCUGAUGUCGCAGGCAAGAGCUUCGACUACGUCGUCGUGGGAGGAGGCACGGCCGGCCUGGCAGUCGCAGCGCGCCUCUCGGAGAACCCCGACAUCACCGUCGCCGUGCUCGAGGCGGGCCAGUGGCGCCCCGACUGCCCCCUGAUCAACACGCCCGCAGCCAUCACGCAGCCCUUCAAGAAGGAGACGCAUGACUGGUGCCUGAGCACGACGCCGCAGAAGAGUGCGGGCGGACGCGUCGUUGACUGGCCUCGCGGUCGUGUGCUUGGCGGAAGCAGUGCUCUCAACUACCUCGUGCACCAGCGCGGACACCGCCGCGAGUUCGAGGACAUUGCGGCGCUCGGCAAUCCUGGCUGGGACUGGGAGAGCAUCCUGCCGUACUACGCCAAGUCCGUCACUGCUGCGCCGCCGCACCCCUCUGCGGCCGAGAAGCACAAGGAGCACCACACGCACGCCGGUCUGGAGAAGGGCAGUGGGCCGAUUCAUACGUCAUUCCCGCAGUGGUACGCGCCGAGCCAGGCUGCGUGGUACCGCGCGCUGGCCGCUGAGGGCGUGCACUCCAACGCGAGCUCGCAGAACGGCGCCAACAAGGGUGCAUGGACGAGCGCCGCCACGAUCAACGAGGCAAACGGCAAGCGCAGCUAUGCGACGGCCUACUACGAGGCAGCCAAGGAUCUUCCCAACUUCAAGGUGCUCACGGGCGUGCUCGUAACGCGCGUGCAGCUCGACAAGGAGGGAGGGGAGAUGAAGGCCACGGGCGUGGUGUUUGAGCUCGACGAGGGCAAGGCCGGCGAGGAGCACGUCGUGAGCGUCGGCAAGGAGGUCGUCCUCUCUGCGGGCGCGAUCCAGACCCCGCAGCUGCUCGAGCUCUCCGGCAUCGGCGACAAAGCCGUGCUCGACGCCGCGGGCAUCACCCAGCUCGUCGACCUGCCCGGCGUCGGCACCAAUCUCUCGGAGCACAUCUACAUUGCGUCGAGCUACGAGCUGAGCGACCGCGACAAGGGCCAGGAGACGUGGGACCACCUGCGCAACCCGUCGUUUGCCGAGAUCCAGAUGAAGCUGCACACGGGCGAGUCGCACAAUCGCGGCAUGUUCUCGUCGUUCAUCUCUGGAUUCACGUACCUGGGACUCGACGACUUUCUCGGCGCCGAGGAAAAGCAGAAGCUGCUCAAGGACAUCGACGCGACGGACCAGACGGGCUGGACGCAGGGCAUGAAGGACGUGCACGCUGCGCAGCGUGCUCGUCUGGACGAUGACUCCGUGCCGUCUCUGGAGCAGAUCUACUGCCCCGGCUACUUUGCCUCGGCAGCCUCGGCAGGAGGUCCGAAGCCCGACACGGCGUACGCCACGAUCCUCACUGCUUUGCAGCACCCGUGGUCGCGUGGAACCAUUCACAUCACGAGCAAGGAUCCGCGCGCCAAGCCGGCCAUCGACCCCAAGUACUUCUCGAGCAGUCCCGAUCUUACUAUCAUGACGAAGGGCAUGGCCUUCUCCGACAAGGUCAUGUCGCACCUCGGCAAGCGCGUCGUGGCACGCCAAGACCCUCCUCCGGACUCCUCGGCGGAGGAGAUCGAGGCCUACGUGCACAACCACUUCCAGACGACGUACCACCACCUCGCCACGGCGUCGAUGCUGCCGCGCGCCAAGGGCGGCGUGGUGGACCACGAGCUGCGCGUGCACGGCGUGCGCGGCCUGCGUGUCGCAGACGCCAGUGUCAUUCCCCUCCAGCUCAGCGCGCACAUCCAGGCGACGGUGUACGCAAUUGGCGAGCGCGCCGCGGAGCUGCUGCAGAAGGCUUGA